CGCUCCGCGCCGGGCGGCGGGCUCCGCGGCGACAUGGCCAUCGCCGGGGCGGCGGGGCGAGCAGGUGAGGGAGGCGGGCAGGGCGGAGGGGAGCUGAGCGGAGGGGGCCGGAGCCGGCCGGGCGACCCCCCCCCGACGCCCCCCGACGCCGCCGGGCUCUCCGCAGGUGCCGCCGCGGCGCUGGCGCUGCUGUGGCUGCUGGUCUGCGCCCCGGGGGAGGCCGGCUGCCGCCUCCUGACCGUGGCCGAUCUCUUCGACCGGGUGAUCCGGCACUCGGGCAGGAUCCACAGCCUCUCCACAGCGCUCUACGCCGAGCUGGAAAAACAUUUUCCUCCCCGUGACAACGAGCUGGGGAAGCCCGCUCGGAAGUGCCACACGUCGGGGAUGCUGACCCCCAACGGCAAAGAAUACGCCCAAAAAAUCCCGAGAGAAGAAUUAACUCACUUGAUACUGAAACUUUUGCAAGCCUGGAAAGAACCACUUUCCCACUUUAACCAGCACCAUCAAGAGCUUCCUGAUGACAGCCUUAGCAAAGCUAAGCAAAUCAGCAAUAUGGUACACGAGCUGAAGACUGGAGUUGAGAAAGUAACAGAAAAGAUGCAGUCAAUGGGGAUCAUCAGCAAUUCGUUAAAUGGAAUGACAUCAUCUGAAGCCGCUGGUUUAUCAAUUAGUAAUGAAGCAAACAUGAUGAGUGACUCCGACUUUAUUCACUGUUUCAGGAGAGACUCCAAUAAAGUACAAAGCUACUUAAAAAUCCUUAAAUGUAGGAUUAUGCCAGAAAAUAGUUGUUGAGUUGUAGUCUCUUGACAAGUAAUCUUCAGCAUGUUGUUUAUAAAGAUGAAAAAAUAGAAUUUAUAAAUUACCACAUUUGCAGUAAUUUUAAUAGGAAAGUGGUUUUGAAAUUCUUUGGCAGCUCCUUGACACAGUUGACCUAUGCAGAUGAAAUAUUAAAUAAAGCAUCGUGUGUGUAUGUGAGUUAACGCAUCAGAUAGAUAGAUAAAAAGGAGUACU